AUGGCAGCCAACAAUGAAUCGUUCCCGUUGGAAUUGUUCGAAACGCUUAUAAGACAAAACUAUUCUUAUGGAGGAGUUCUCAAAAAAAUGAAAAUCAGUGCCAAUUCGGAUGUCAAGGAACUCUACACUCGCAAUGUAGACCGCAUGAUUUGUAUGGAGAAGGAUCCGAUGUACGCCACAAUUACGAUAAAAAACCAGGAUCAAUUCUUGUCAGAAUUGAGAGAGCUGUGGGAACAACUAAAAAAACGCCAGGAAGAUAAAGCGGAGAGAAAGAGACAUGGUGAUUGCAAAAUAGACCGGAUAACUAGAAGAAUGAAGCAGCUUAAAGUUCGAAAGAUAAAAGCUCUUCAAGAAGCAAUACACAUACCCAAAGGUCGUGCACUAACCCUAGAAGAAAUUAAGGCAUGGAGAGCCGCUCUUGCGAACAGGAAAAAGGGUGGAAUGGUGGAUGGAAAGGAAGAACGGCAGUGCAAAAGAUGUCAUCUCGUAAUACGCUUUUGA